AAUCACCAGCUGACAAAAUGUUGAAUUGUAUUUGUUUACAAGUUGCUAAGCAAAAUUGUCACAACAAUAAAUGUAUUUCGCAUAAAUAUUAUUUUAUCGCUUAGUCAUUAUAAAAUAAUAACAAAAAAUUUCAAAACUAACGUGAUAAAAUUUGUGAAAAAUAUGUCUAAAAGUCAGCAAACUGGUCAACCAAAAAUCGUAAGAUGGCAACGAAUUAAGAGAAAACUAAAUUACAACACGAUAGUAAACUUUUUUUGUUAUCACUAUGGAGAAUAAAUUUGCACUUACAGAAUUUUAAAUAAUAGAGCACCAAAAUUAAUUUUUCACAAAUAAAACUACAAUAAUCAAUUUGCAAAUUAUUUACACUUUUUUAUGAAGUUGCUGUUGUCAGUAACGCAUCAAAAGUUUCAACUGGCGCUAAAUCGAAGAAAGUGAAUACUGCAGCAACAACUAAAAUAAAACGGGAUAAUUCGAUUAAAGCAGCGGCGGAUAAAGAAGAAAAACUCUCUCAAGCAACAUCGCACACAAAUCGCAACGGCAAUAAAAGUAAAAUCAAAGUAUCUAAUUUGCCACUCGAAAAACAACAAAAAAUUGAGAAAACAAAAACUUCAAGUGUUAGCUCUUCAAAUAAAAAAGAAAUCAAGAAACAAAAUGUUUCGUCUAAUACAGAUAAAGCAAAACAGCUUCAAGUCAAGCCUCGCACUAAUACCGUUGAAGCAGCUCAGAAGAAAACAAAAAAUGCUAAGUCCUCAGCUAUUAAAUCAAAUAUGAUAUUGAAUACUUACCAUAAUGUUACCAUAAGCUCUCCACCAUCACAACGAAAAGAUAUUAAAGUGGAUAAUAACUUGAAUGGCGUCCGUGAAACGAGUACAAGUCAAAAGCUUACUAGAAAAGGUAGUAGAACUCUUGAACCGGAUGAAGUUAUAAUGCUUAAGAGAGAUUCUGCUAAGAAAAGAAUUGAAAAACAAAUAGAAACUGAUAGGAGUGUAAUAAAAAGUGAACAGAAUAAACCACCUGUUGCAUAUGAAGUUACUUUCGAAAAGCAACCCAAAGUUGUGAAAAUACCUAAACCAAAUUUUCCUCCUACAAGUAAAGAUGAAGAUGACCAAGAACAAGAAACAAAUUAUUCAGAUGAUUUUGAAUCGUAUGAGUCAGAUUUCGAAAAUAGUUAUUCAAGUCAAACGCAUAUUUCAUCUGAAUCAGAAAGUUUUACUGAAAAUCACACAGAUAAUAAAUCAAUUGAGAGUUUAAACAAUUCAACUACAGAUAAAGAAACAAGCAUAAAGAGUUUUUCAAAUAAUAAUAAAGAAAUAAAAGAAACGGAAGUUUUACAAUACCAAACUACGAAUCUACACAGUGAAAAGGAACGAAAAUUGGAUUCGGGGAAUUAUGAAAUCAAUAUACGGCAAAUUCCAAUACAAACGGAUAGAUUGAUUCCCACAAAACCAGAGCCUUUUCAGAACAGUUUAGAUAGCCUUAAUGAAACCAAUUCUGAGCAAAUGGAUUCUGGUAUUAGUGGUGUUGCUAUUAUAAAUGAAUUUCACAAUACGAACACAGCUGUUUUCUAUAGUGGAUAUAAGGAUUUUAAUCAUAAACCAAAAAUCAGUAAACGUGGAAUUGAUUUAAAAUCAAAAAUUCGUUUCGAUUUGAUGAGUUUUGUCUUUUUCGACCAAAAACCAAUUACUUUCGAAAAUUUUAAACAGAUCUAUGGAAAAUUGAAUACAACUCAAAGCUAUACUCAAACGAAUGACAAUCGUAUAUCAACUGAAUGCCAAACUGAUAGCUAUGAAACUGUAUCCAUAUGGACACAACAUCCUCCGCAAUAUGAUUUGCUAUCAAUGCAAAAAGUAACAGUUGUGCACAAUAAUGAAGUUAUCACUUCCAAUAGUUAUGGAAAAUUUUAUGACGAUGAAACAUUAACAAAUAUCCAUUCAACAGAUGAAAUUGAUAGAAGCCUACGGGCUCUCCACAAAUUGAGUAAAGCUAAAAAUAUUCGUUAUGCAAAUCGUCAAAAAACAACAAUUUUAAAUAAUUUUAUUGAUUUUGAAAGAUUAAAUAGAUUUCUAUUAGAUUCUCUACUAUUAAUAUCAAAAAUUUUAAAUACUCAUGACAACUUAACAGAUUUUAAUAAUCAUAAGGAUUCAAUACCCAAUGAACUCUCUACAAUAAGCGAUGGCUUUGUUCAAUUAAGUACAGACUUUUUAAAUGCACUACGUGUAAUACGGGUUUUUUCAAAUGCGAGAUAUAAUUUAAUAAUAACAGUACAUGAGACUCGACCUGAUGCAGAUGUUUACCGAUCAGAUUUUGCCAAUCUCCUAAUGGUGUGGUCAACAAAUAUGUCUAAGAAACCAAUACGCUUACUUUCAACGUGGUGCGAAGUAUGUCAUGCUGAAAUUUCUAAUGAAUCUUCAGAUAUAAUUGUAUGUGGCUUAAGUGAUGGCAGCAUAGCUAUGUGGGAUUUGCGGGAGACCUACUCAUUUUGUUCUAAACUUGAUGGGCAGUUAACUCACUUUACCGCAACACAAAGUGUCGUUCCUAAUUGGGAUGAGGGAAGUAAGAACCUUCAAGCAAUAGAUUUAGGUGCUGUGAUUGACGUAAAAAGUUUUCGACCUCAGACCAAAGGAAUCGUUACAUCAAAUAGAACAAUCGAAUAUAACCCACUACAGUUUGCCUCUCUAAAUGACAGUGGAAUAUUAACUAUUUGGACCCUUGUGGAAACAGCUUCGGAGUUGAUGGACUUCUCUACUAUGCGCAAAAAAGUGAUAAAAAGUAAUGCGAGUAAUUAUGCACAAAUGGAAUUCAAUUCACCAUGGGCGCGGGUAAAACUUAUCCAAAGUGCAAUUUGUAAUUUACAGAUUUAUUUAGAAAAAAAUAUUUUAAAAUCACAAAACCCAUUUGAAAAAACAAUCUCGAACUUUCAGAGAAAUAUUUAUAACGACAAUGCGUUAAAACAGUUAAAAGAAAUUCAAGCAGAUUUAGGACUUUGCAAAAAUUCAAUUGGUUUACGAUUCGUUUGCAUUGAUACAGGUUGUGAACAAAUCUAUAUCUGUACUAAUAAUAACUUUAUAAUUGCUUGUCCCAAAACUCUUAAAACCGAGUACAUACGAAAAAUAAUCAUUAACAACAGUCGCUUUCUAUUUCCGACCGCAAUUUGUGUUUUAACAAAUGAGCAUUUUCUCGCAGUUGGUCUGUCGAAUGGUUCAGUGAUGGUACUUAAUUGCAAACCACAAAAUAAGUAUGAUUCAACAGAAGAUUACUCUAAGAAUGAUAAUAGUAAAAAUAAUGAAACAGUUGACACUCCCCCACCAGAUAUUGAUCUGGAGACAGGCAAAUCCUGCGCUAUACAGAAUAUUAUACUUAAUGAGAGGAGGCGAAGUGUAAAAUAUGAACAAGAAUUCGAAUUUCGACCCACAACAGCAGCAUGUAUUCAAAUGAUUACGAAUCAAAUGAAGCCCAUCGAAUUUCGUGUCUACGAUCAGCAAAUUUUAUUGUAUGGAUCGGCUUUGCGAAAAAACUUGGUCCGCUCUUUAUUUGUAUCCAGUGAUGGUUGGCGUCUUUUUGCACUAUCAAACGGAAAUGUGCGCACGUAUGAUUUUAAUAUGGAUAGGGAGAUACAAAAUAUUCCUAACAAGAAUGGACAUAUCUCUAAAGAUUUGAAAAUUAUAGAUAUAGCAGUUGCAAAGACAAGCAGUACGGCACUGAACCUUAUUCUAUUAAACGAAUCAAAUAACGUUGAAAUUCACUUUUUAAAACAAUAACUUAUUUUUAUGUAUGUUAAAAUAAGUUCACAUCUCUAUAAAUUAACGAUGAUUUAAAAAAUUUGAUUUUUAAAAUAUUGUUAAAUCAAUUAGAAAGGCCAUAA